AACACAGUCCAACACACAGAAGGAAACCGGGUCUGGUUUAGUUUAGUUUAGUUUAGUUUAGUUUAGUUUAGGUCUCCUCGAACUGGUUGGUCCGUGUCUUUGUGGAUUUUCCUGGAUCCGACAGAAACGGGUCGGUUCUUGGUCCGGUUUGGAUUUGAUGCUGUUUUCCAGACUGCUCAUCAGAAGGAUGUCAUCCACUCUUUCCCGUCAUGUGAUCUGGGAGUCCGAGGGGCUGCUGGCCUACCUGAACCCCCGGCCGUGGACCCCAGGCUCUGUCAUCGUAGAGCACAAGGCCCCUGGUGAAUCUGGAUGCAGCAUCUUCCACCUGGAGGAGCAGGACUACGUAUCGCUGCUGCUGGGGGCGAGGACGGUGGCAGAGCUGCUGUGUGACCGGCUGCAGGUUCAGAGAUGUGCACUGGUCAGCAGGCCCCACCCACACUCACCUGCACAGAUCCGUGUCCUCCCCCUCCAUGGACUGGAUGCUGAGUGGCGCCCCCACCUGGCCGGAGACGAGGAGCACAACGCCACAGACCCUGGUUACUGCACCUCAAAGACUGCCCCCCGAUGGAGCGACUCCAGCCUGACUGAAAUCCAAACUAGGAUCCGAUCCGUUCUACCCGUCCCCGACGCCCCGCCCGACCUGAGUUUCCAUGGCGAUGACCCGACUCAUCCCGGCCUCUUUUCGCGGAUUGUUCGUGGAGAGGAGCAACAGUGGCGGGUGUGGGAGGAUGCUGGUCACGUGGCCUUUCUCACUCCUUUUCCCAACUGCCCUGGUUUUACUGUUCUGGUUCCGCGCCGACCUUUGACCUCUGAUAUAUUCAGACUGGAGAGGGCUGAUUAUGAGAGUCUGGUGAUGGCAGCUCGAAAAGUGUCUCAGCUUCUGGAGAAGGGUUUAGGAGCCGCUGGCGUUGGGCUCAUUUUUGAGGGUUUUGAGAUCGACUACGCUCACGCAAAGCUCAUACCUCUGCUUCCACCGUCGUCAUCAGAGGAACACGACGCUAAAGACGCCGCUCCUCAGUUUUAUGGCACUUAUCCUGGAUAUGUGACCUCAGAGGAUGGACCUGCAGCAAGCUUGGAAAGCCUGAAUCAGCUGCACACCAGGAUUACUCGAUAAACUCUGACAUUUCAGACAAUAAAACUCAUAACAACAGAUGCAACAUUUUUGCUUGUUUUGACAUUUUAAGACUCUUAGGCCCUGUUUACACAACAAUGGUUUUUGGACAAAUCACAAAGAUUUUUUAGCGUUUUGACAUCAAUUACACUGGAACUUUGAAGUGACCCAGAAAACCUUUGAAGACAGCCUUCUCAACAUGUCAACGGGUAAGCCGGUGUUUUCAGUGUAAACGGUGACAUCACGCUCCACUUUGUGCAUGUGCAUUACACUUUCAGUCAAACGAACCGGACAACAACAAUAACAGCUGGCUGUACUUCUUCUGGUCUGUGUCACUACAGAUUUGCAUCACCGACUACUAUCCUGGCAUGAAUACUACAGCGUUUUCAGUCCCUGUGGUGUUUCAGUGUAAACAGGGACCGUUUUCAUUCCGUUGUUGUGUAAACCCAGCAAGGCACAGGAAAUACUUUUGUGUUUUUGGGUGAAACGUUGUAUAAACGGGGCCUUAACUAUAAUGAAUAUUGAUAGUUCCGUCAAGUCUGUCCAUACAAUAAUUCCACUGUGCCUUAGGUCAUAAUAAUUUAAGUGAAGAACAGUUUUUAUUACUUUUUACAGCAUUUUGUGCCAAACAAAGUUGCUAGUUUAUAAUCUGUUUGGCUUUUUAAUAGUCAGCUGAUGAGUCAAAUCAUUCCUACUUUUUAAUUUAAUACCAAAUAAAACUCAUCUGUUAUUUAAUGUCAUAAUCAAAAUAUGAAAUGAUAAAAAGACUUUGUUCACACAGUUUUAAUCAAAACAAAAACAGUUUUCCUUAGUCGAAGAGACUGGAAAUAUGUUGAUACAUAAACUUGUAAUCAGAGAUUUGUGGUUGAAUCAUGUUACACACAUAAUUGUGUUCUACAUUUAAUUACUAGGUGUUCAUAUUAGUCAGUAUAAUAAUCGCUCACUCAUUCCACUGCUACUAAUUGGUCCCUCAGUGCGCUUCUGAUUAUGAAGCUAAAGUAAUUACUGGCUAAGAGUUUAAUUAUUGCUCCAGGUCAUCAUUAAAACAGUUACUAGAACGUAAAAUUUAAAAAAGGAAAAAAAAAAAAAGCGACACAUAGAGCUGUUUAUUUAGCAUUUAGUCUUUUAAGUACCCUGUUUACUUCAGCCUCACCUUUACUUCACUAGAUUUAUUCUUGUGUUUCCUCAACGGCCUUAGAAAAGUGUUUCACAUACAAGCAUCACGUCCCAGUCCCCAAACGACUCUGUUCUGUCUCCACUAUAAUAUUUUCCUCAACAGGUAAAGCAGCCAUUUCAAUCAAAUGAAAAUGAGAUCACAACUUCGCUUUUAUGAAUGCAUUUAGAUUAAAUAUUUAAAAAAUUAUAUAAAAUUAACACAUUUAUGCAGAAGUAAAAGGCUAUGUUUUAUUUCCUCUCAUCAGUAAAAUAGGUUUUUAAUAGUUUCAUUGAUGAUAAUAACCAGUGUUGUUGGAUCCAGAAUAAAUACAAGAAUAAGUACAAUAAAUAUGAAAAUUUGAUUUGAUAUCAUGUCAUAGCUAUUUGUCAUUUUUGUUGUUGAAAUUUGAGUCAAAGUGAUUCAGAACUGAAUUUGUGUGUUGAUAUUUAUUGUGAAAUUAUUGAUAUUGUUUACAACAAAUAACCUGAAUGUUUUGA